AUGGAUUACGAUUUAUCCCGAAUCGAUUAUACUAUUUGUGGAAUAACAUAUCCAGACACUUUAAAGAUUUUACCACUCGCUUGUCCAAAACUUCAACAAAAAUUCGUAGUUGGUGACAAAAACGGAGUAUUGCAAUGCCUCAGCAUAAAGGACGAAGAGCCUGUGGUGCAGUUCAAAACUUUGCCUGGGAAACCUAUAACUUCCGUUCAGUUAGCUUCAACAAUCGAUUCGCCAGCUGAUAAAAUAUUCGCGGCUUCUGGAAGUGAGGUGAAAGGCUAUACGAGGAAGGGAAAAGUAUUCCUAACUAUCGAAACUUCACUAUCAGAUACUAUAACAUCUAUGUGUAUUUUGGGAGCUGAUCUCAUACUUUGCAGCGGACGCACUGUUACCUGCUACAGGGAUCUCAAUGAAUUUUAUUCAUAUGCGUGCGAAGAUAGAGUACUCGAUAUCGCUGCAUUUGCUACACCAAAUAGCACUCGAGUGCGGUUGCUAGUACUGAUUGCCAACAAAGGUGCUACUCUCUUCGAAGGUGGUCAGGUGCUAACGCGAGCAGCAAUAUCUGCAGGCCCCUCUCGCCUUGCUGUACCUCUUUCACAUCACUUAUCUGGUAUUAGCGCAUUUUAUGGCGCUGCUGAUGGCUCUAUAGGACUUAUAACAUAUGAAGAAUCGCGAUUAUCAAGCAAAUGUCUUGUGGAAGGCCGAGAACUUGGAUCAGUUGUGUGUGUUGGUUGGUUUGUGGGAAACGGAGGUACUCAUUUAGCAGUUGGUCGUCAUGAUGGCUCAAUUCAGCUUUACCUAAUAGAUUUGGAAAAUAUUGCCAAGAAGCCACGAUUGAAGUUUACUUACUUUUCCGGGGAACCAGUAACAUCUAUUGAUGGAGGAUGCGUAGGAACUGAAGAAUGCGAGUUACUAGUAACAACAUUUUCUGGAAGAAUUUUUGCAUUGAGAUCCCGUCGGUUAGUCUCAGGGGCUGUAGCUUUAGCUAAUGUACCUCAAGAUGCCUUAACUGCACGUCGAGCUAAACUUGAAACUGAAGUAGCACGACUCGAAAAGCAAACUGCAAAUGAACGUGAGAAAUAUCAGCGUAGUACCCGAUCUUUGCAAGCUGUUUUAUCAACCCCGCCAUUACUGGACAUUCAGUACGAGUUAUCCGGAGCUUCUCACGACGGAUGGCAAGAAGCAAGGAUCAUAUCAGCUGUCCCGUUAGACAUGCUCUUCAUUUAUUGCGAUAAAAAACUUGACAUUCAAACAGAUAAUUCGGCUGUUCUUAGCAUAUGUCCUUCACAGGGAACAGCUGCCGACCUACUUGCAACGGUAAGAUGUCAAGCCGGUACUAGAAGACUUUGGGUACGUAUGUGCUACGUACUAGAUUCAUCAAUUGGAAAGAGAGCUACAUCUUUGCGAGUGCUUAUCUAUGCUUUGCCUGCUGGAGCUCCAAGAGUUGCACGACUUCUUACUUUACGAUUGCCGGCGUUGCCGUACUACUCCCUACACGAGGACAUUGACUGCGAUAAUGAAAAAAGAUCAUGGUGUCAAAUUCGGGUGUCAGGAAGCUUUUCCGUUGCUGAAUUAACUUCUUGGCUUACGGAAGCCUUACCAGGCGAUUUACCACGACCAGCGUCAAAUGUGACGUUUGUUCGACGUCAUACACUACUUGGGACCAUUAUCAUUUGUCGUUAUCAACGAGGUUCAGCAGUUUUAAAAACAGAUAAUAUAUCAACCGCAGCAGUAAUUAAGGAUAUUGUGUCUAACUGCUCAGUGAAAAAAAGCAUACGAGUAGAAAUCAGUUGUGAUAUACCUGAUGAUUGUUGCUUAAAAUCAUUUCAAAGAAUACAAGAGCAGUUUAUAUUGCAACACAAAAAAUAUGAAGACACUACUUUAGAAAAAGCAUUAAGCGCUUUAAAUUUGGAUGUAAACACGAUGGAUGAAGAAAAUUCAACACUUUGCCACGAUUAUCUGCGUGUAUGGGCAGCAAAAACGGACGACAUGGCGGAAACGUACUUUAAUGAACUAGUCGAUACUGUAGAGCACUGGUACAUGGACUGGUGCGACUUGUCUCUACAUAGAAGUAAACAAAUUAAUGAAGGUUUGCAACUACGAGAAGCUUUACGACAUUGCCGUUUGGAGACAGUGUAUAAAAUACUUGCUAAUGAACCGCUAUCACCACAAGAAUAUUAUUAAAAAUCUA